AUGGAAGACGACUGGAAAUCACAGCUGAACAUCCCCAAGAAAGAUACCCGGCCACAGACCGAUGACGUGCUCAACACAAGGGGCAACACUUUCGAGGACUUUUACCUGAAACGUGAGCUGCUGAUGGGCAUUUUUGAAGCCGGGUUCGAGAAGCCUUCGCCCAUCCAAGAGGAGGCUAUCCCAAUCGCGAUCGCCGGCCGUGACGUGCUGGCGCGUGCCAAAAACGGUACAGGGAAGACCGCGGCCUUUGUUGUACCCACGCUGGAAAAGGUGAAGCCCAAGGUGAACAAGAUUCAAGCUCUGAUCAUGGUUCCCACCCGUGAGCUUGCUCUCCAAACCUCUCAGGUUGUGCGUACUCUCGGCAAGCACUGCGGGAUCUCGUGCAUGGUUACUACCGGUGGUACCAACCUCCGUGAUGAUAUUUUGAGACUCAACGAGCCCGUUCAUAUACUCGUGGGUACCCCCGGCCGUGUUCUGGACCUGGCGUCCCGCAAGGUCGCGGACCUCAGCGAGUGUCCGCUUUUUGUCAUGGACGAGGCCGACAAGAUGCUGUCUCGCGACUUCAAAGCUAUCAUCGAGCAAAUUCUAACGUUUUUGCCUCCCGUCCAUCAAUCUCUGUUGUUCAGUGCCACAUUCCCACUUACUGUUAAGGAGUUUAUGGUAAAACAUUUGCACAAGCCUUACGAGAUCAACCUGAUGGAUGAGCUGACUUUGAAGGGUAUCACUCAGUACUACGCUUUCGUCGAGGAACGCCAAAAGCUGCACUGUCUGAACACCUUGUUCUCCAAGCUUCAAAUCAACCAGGCUAUUAUAUUCUGUAACUCCACAAACCGUGUCGAGCUGCUGGCCAAGAAAAUCACAGAUCUCGGUUAUUCGUGUUAUUAUUCUCACGCUCGUAUGAAGCAGUCUGAGAGAAACAAGGUCUUCCAUGAAUUCCGCCAGGGCAAGGUCCGUACGCUAGUUUGCUCAGACCUUCUCACCCGUGGUAUCGACAUCCAAGCGGUAAAUGUCGUCAUUAACUUUGAUUUCCCUAAGACUGCAGAAACCUACUUGCAUCGUAUCGGUAGAUCAGGCAGAUUCGGCCACUUGGGUCUGGCUAUCAACUUGAUCAACUGGAAUGACCGCUUCAAUCUCUACAAGAUCGAGCAAGAGCUGGGCACUGAAAUUGCUGCAAUUCCUGCGCAAAUCGACAAAUCCCUGUACGUGGCCGAAGAUGAUUCUGCGGUUCCUGUGCCCUUCCCAUUGGCUUCCUUGCCAAACACGAUGGCCAACGUUGCGGGUCAACAACAACAACUUCCACCUCAACUAACCCAACCCCAAUUUACUGCUGUACCACAGCAGUAUGCACCUCAGCAGCAGCAAUAUAUGCCUCAGCAACAGUACCAGUACCCACCUCAGGCAUUUAUGCAAGGGCCUCCCCAAUCCAUGGAGCAAGCCCCAUCUAUGCAAGGACAUGCACCUCAACAGACAUAUUGA